AUGGUUAGUAUACAGAGAAACUAUGAUCAAAAUGAUGAUAUCACUAUAGAAUAUAUCAAGGAUUCAAGUUUAUCAAACAUGGAUAGUUCAAACAAAAAGAUUAAUAAUUUAGUUAAAGAAUACUAUAGUAGUAGUGAAAAUAUUAAUAAUAUUGAAAAUUCAGAUUUAAUAACUUUAUUAACUAAUUCUGUUACAUUAUUAGAUUUUAAAGAGUCUGUAAUAGAAAGCUGA